UAGCUCAUUCAAGAUUUCCUCCCUUGGAGAAAGCUUCUGGAGAGAUCCAAAAUCCUCUAAAGUCACCUCCUUUUUUUCCUGGUAUUUGGUGAGUUGUUCCUUCCUCUUUGUGGGUGAUUUUGCUUUUCUAGCAGAACCAAAACAAAAAAACAUGGGGGAGAGUUCCAGCAAUGGAGAUGUUGCAUUAGAUUUGAACCGUGGUGGUGGUGGUGGUGGUGAUUCCAAUCUCACGUCUCUGCCCUCUUCUUCCAAAAUCAAGGACGAUUCAAGCCUCACUUUUUCUGUUCCUUUCUUGCAAAAGUUGAUGGCAGAAUUGGUGGGGACUUAUUUCUUGAUAUUUGCUGGGUGUGCAUCUGUGACGGUGAAUAAUGACUUUGAGAAGGUGGUUACCCUUCCUGGAAUAUCAAUUGUUUGGGGUUUGGUUGUGAUGGUCUUGGUUUACUCUGUUGGUCACAUCUCUGGUGCACAUCUUAAUCCUGCUGUCACCAUUGCUCAUGCUACUUGCAAGAGAUUUCCAUGGAAACAGGUGCCACCUUAUGCCUUGUGUCAACUAGUUGGUUCAACCUUGGCUGCUGGGACUCUUAGGCUGCUAUUUAGCGGGAAACAAGAACAAUUUGCCGGAACAAUACCGGCGGGAUCGGAUAUGCAGUCUUUCGUGAUAGAGUUCAUAAUCACAUUCUACCUCAUGUUCGUCAUUUCUGGUGUUGCAACUGAUAACAGAGCUAUUGGUGAACUCGCGGGUCUUGCAGUUGGUGCAACCAUCCUACUUAACGUGAUGAUUGCAGGACCGGUAUCAGGAGCAUCGAUGAAUCCGGCAAGAUCUUUGGGGCCGGCCAUUGUUUCAGGUGAAUACAAGGGAAUAUGGGUGUACUUGGUAGCACCAACCGUUGGAGCAAUAGCGGGGGCAUGGGUGUAUAACAUGGUCAGGUACACAGACAAGCCGCUGCGAGAGAUCACCAAGAGCGCUUCUUUCAUAAAGACUGCAACCAAACGCAAUGGUUCUGGUUGACAGUAGUAAUAGGAACUGUGUGUUGCCUAGUCUCUGUUACUUGUCAAUUGACUACUCUUUUUUUCUUUUCUUUUGUUCUUAUCUUUUGUUUAAUUAGGGAGAUUUACCAGGGUCAAUAGAGAAAAAAAAUUUGUAUCAACAGGCCUGGCCUUUUAGUUGCAGCAAUAAAGGGAUAAUUUUCGUUACCGAAA